AACCCUUUACUUCCCUCCCUGCGAGAUCAGCGCUGUCUCCUUACUUGCCACACAUACAUCACUAUCAAUAUCACCAAGAUUGCACCUCGAUCCAAGCCCGCCGUCCCCAAGCUACCUCGACUUUGACACCACAUCCUGGUGUAGUAGCAACUUUCCAUUCCCAGAUACCCAGGUUUAGUAGGGAUCAUGUCUGAGCCGUCCAGUACUGUUUCGACUAAGGAAAGGCCCAUUACAUCGAGCCCAACACCGCAGUCCCUUGCUCAGUGGCUUGACCAAGCCCGCCAGUCCAACAUUACAAUACGAUUGUCCACCGCGAUCAAGCCUGUGUCGCUCCAAGAGUGUAUGAGAGAGAAGGAGCUGGAUGCACUGGCUGCCAUGCGUCAGUUUGACAGGGAUAUGAAUCAGCAAUGCUGA